UUAGAAAAGCAGCCUUCGGAAAGAUUUCAAUUUGUUGCUAGAUUGUGAACCCACUUGAGGCCAAUUUGCAUUAAAUAUCAGCUUAUAUCUGCCCUUCUCGAUGGGCCGUGUUUCAAAUUUGCGGCAGACUAAUUCAUCACGCGCAUAUUUUCACUUGUGCAUCAAUAUAUCUUAGCGCGAGAUCUCUCUGAAUAUUCCUGUAUAAAUAAAUAACGAAUAAAAGUUUACAGGGAGAGAUAAAAUUGAUUGCACACUUAACCGCUUUGAAUUUUGAGACGUCGGUGUCUCUGCCGCAGAGAGACAGUUUGUUUGCCUUCAUUUGUAUGCGUCUCGUACCUCUCAAACACAAUUUAUAUCUCACGGAAAUUAAAUUUCCCGAGUUACAAUAAGGUAAGUUGUAAUUUCUGCUCUAGUUCGCAAAGAAAUGGAAUUGCUUUAAUGAAUAAACAAGCCUUGAGCGCAGAGCUGCUCUCAAUUGGUUAAAGCCCUAAUUCGGCUUAAAACGCUCCGUCGCAAAUUCGACACCCGCAAAACUUAUAAAGUACAAUUUUCAAGAACGCCAAUUACAGAGAUUGUAAAAUUAAUUUUAAUAAUUCAUACACAAGGGUUGAAAGUGAAGGUAAGGCGAACAAAUUAGCUAAUUCUUAAUUCAAGCAGUUGCGGCCUGUGUAAAGAAGCAGAUCUGACGCAGCUCGACGUUCUUUUUCAAAACGGCACGCGAAGGGAAAGAAGGAAAAAGAAAUUCGUAUCAAACGAGGCUAACUUGAAAGGAAGUGUUUUUUUUUAUGAAGAUGGCAAUCAUAAAAGUUAAGCCUACGAGGCACUAGAGAUACACCUAAGUGAAAGAGGCAUCUCGAGAUAAAUCCAGAGAAAAACCUCAAUACAAAGUCGUCGCCGAGCAAAACACUCCAGAAAAAAAAACACUCAAACCUCCAUCAUUCAACAGACGUCAGCGAAAAAUACCGAGAUCAGUCUGUUAAAAAGGAUUGAGACAGACAGCUCUGGCAGAUCAAAGCUCCAGUCCGCGGGAAACUUAUAUCAUGAGUUAUCAUAAAAGCGGAGGAAAUAUGACGGUAGAGUCAGAUAACUUGACCGGGAGUUCAGGCAGCUCUGUUCAGAAAUUCAAGUUUUCUUACGACACAAUCCCUCCCAUAGUCUUCUUGGUCUUUAUUUUGGCGAUAAAUGGCUGUGUUAUUCUGCUCAUAACAUGUUACUCGUCCCUAAGAAAAACAAGCAAUAUCAUCUUGGCCAGUUUAGCAGUGUCAGACUUUCUGGUGGGAUUCGUUGGUAUUCCUCUCCUUGUGACCUGCAGUAAUGCUACACAUCUAAAUUUGGUAUGUACCAGUUCAAUUACGUUUUUCGAAUUUAUGGCCCUGUCUACCGUGCUACACAUCACCGUAAUGACCUGCGAUCGUUACAUUUACAUUAUGUGGGCCUUACGUUACCGUGAUAUUGUUCACCGCAGUAGAGUUUUAAUAGUCCUUGCAAUCACAUGGAUAAUUAGUCUUGGGCAGUCUCUAAUUCGCCUUUCGUGGACUUGGAAUGUCACUGUUAAAACAGCUGUUGAAGACUUGGCUCUGGUCCAAGAGAAGGAAACAAUAUACUUUGUAUUCAAUAUCGUAGUGUUCUUCGGUGUUGCUAUGAUUGUCAUGGCUGCCCUUGACGCGCACAUGUUGCUGUUGCUUCGAAGGCAGUGCAAGAGAAUUGCGCGGGAAAACGUGCCAGUGGAAUGCAUCAAACAUGAACAGAAGCUUCAAAAGAGGCAAAGAAGAGCUGUGUUGACAUGCGUGUUGCUUCUUAUCCUGUACGUCAUCUUCUGGCUUCCUUGUUUUGUUUUACAACUGUUUCAGCUUUAUCAUCCGCAACAUGUACCUUACUUCCUUCUCCUAACGAUAUAUUACCUCAGGCUUUGUACAUCGGUAUUUAACCCUCUUGCCUACUCCCUGAGAAAGCAUGAUUUAAAAAGAAAGCUUAAAUGUAUCAUUUUCAACUUAAUUCCACGUUCACGGCCGAACGUUUCCGAGAUUAGUACUGUACAGUCUCUUUGAACAGGUGAAUGUAAUUUUGAAGGAAUAUUUAAUUUAAUUUAUGGCGAUAGAUACAAAGAUUAACACAGAACGUCUGUUGGAAUAGAGACAAGCGACAAAGUA